GAAUACGGCAAUACCUACCGGGCAACACUGUUUGCCUGCUUCGUUGUGUCAAAAAGUGCAUUUUUAUUGCGUGUCGUUUGAGGAAGUGUUAGAUUUUAUAAUAAUUAUUGUGUAAAAUAUUUAGCUACAAUUCAAGAUGAAGCAAGUAAUUUUUAUAUGCCUGCUGUCUGUCUCAAUGUGUCUCAGCGACACCACAGCUCAGGCUGGAAGUCCUAGUAUUGCCCAACCACCUGAGAAACAUGACGUAGCUACGAAUACAGAUAAGCCAAUGCCUGUACCAGCCAACAGUCCGACACCAGACAAAGUGACCCCUGCUCCCGCAGCCAGUAACAACACAGUUCCUAAAAACAACACACCCACACCAACAAAAGACGUAACUCCUGCAUCAUCAACAGAAAAAUCAACAUUGCCGCCAAGCUCCGUGGUCCCACCAAACACUUCUACUGUGAAGCCCUCCACUAUUGUUACCCCUACAACGAAUGCCACUACAACAUUGACACCCGAUCACAAGUCUUCAUCUACUGUGACACCUAAGACUGUUGUGCCCACACCAGUUCAAGCAAGAGGGUUCGAUGGCGCCAGCUUCGUCGGAGGAAUCAUCCUAACCCUCGGUCUACUUGCAAUCGGCUUCAUGGGAUUCAAGUACUACAAGAACCAAACUGAAAGAAACUACCACACCCUUUAAAUUUUAAGUAAAAAUAUCUCUCUUAUAAUAUUAAGUGCACUGUUUUAUAUAUAAGUUUUGUUUUUUUUUUUUACAAUUUAGUGCACUAUACAGUCCAUUCAGAAUUAUUUUAAUUUAAAUAGGUAAAUGUUGGAAUAACGAAAAAUCGCGUUUUGCAAUAAGAUAGUCAGUUGAUUUUUUAAAAGUAUCUUGGUCAGUCAUUCAUUUAGUGACUUGAUUAUACUUAAAUCUGUGAUUGAAAUGACAAUUAAUUGGUGGAUUGCAUACUAGAUUGGUUAUGGCAUAUAAUGGUAGAUCAGGGGAUUAGGUUCAACGCUCCAAUAUAUCAUGCAAAGAGGACAAGAUAACCAUUGCAUUAUUUAAUUUCAAAACCGAGAAAACUGUAAUUUACAACGACUUUAAAAAGAAAUAUCCAAUCUAAAUAGAUUGCUUUAAUUUCUUUUAUAAUAAGUCUGAAAGGAUUGUAAUUAAACUCAAACAGGGUUUGGAAAUUCUACAUAGCUAAAUUGAUUUGGUGGCAGAUAUAGCAUUAAGUUACUACCUACUCGAAUUUUAAGAUAUUUUUUAUUAUAUUUCAGUCUACGUAGUAGUCUAGUAAUUUUCUAUUAUUUUAGCAUUUAUCUCACAUGUGUGUAAUAGAGUAGUCUCGUCUAAUCAAUAUUAUAAAACGCAAAAGAUACUGUUAUUGAUAUACUGUAAUAAAUUGUGUAUAAUUUUCUUGCUCUUAUCAUAGUUUUUGAUUGUUUAUGUAUUAUAUCUUUAAACAAAUUGAGAAUUAUGUCUAAUUAUAUAAUUUUGAGUGCAAUUUAGUUUUAGUAUUCUGCACAUUUUAACUGUGCCAUUAUCUGAAUUUCAAUUUGGUAAAAUCUGGAUUUUAAAUUCUAAUUGGAUAGCUUAUCCGCACUGAGAUCUUUAAAACGUAGGUUAUAAGUAUAUUAUUAUUGUUAAUAAGUGUUACUCUAAGGCAACACAAUGUGAUGAUGAAAAUAAGGGUCUAAAGUAGUACCUAUAUUGUUUUGGCAUAACAAAGUAUAUUGAAUCUCAUGUUUGGGAAAUGAAUUAUUCUCAUUACUAUAUUAUCUACAUUCUUUACUAAUUACUUCAUUCUGUUGCCAUGUACUAAAAGUGGCAGUUGGCACAGGCGUAAUUUUUGUGUCGUUAUAGAAAUCUGCAUUGAAGUGUUUUUUGCGGCUAUAUUCUUUCGCUUCACAAUUUUGAGCUUUAUGUGUACGAGUUCAAAGCUUAAAUUAGUCAACGCGAUAUUAUAAAUCGAAGUAAAAUUUACGCCAGUGCGAACGAGACCACUAAAACUUCGUUCAUAGAACACCCACUCACGAUAUUCUAUCGAGAAAUGAACGUUGUACUGACCCGGGCUGAUAUUAACUAGAAAUCUCAUUAAAAUACUGCAUGAUAUCACUUUUUUGUGCCACGACGAUUUUGUAUAUUUUGUUUUCUUUUUUCGUAUUUUAGCACGCUACUUGUAUACUGGAAGAUGAUUCCAUCCAAAAGUGCUCUUAAAUCUGAAAUAUAUAUGGAUAGAUUCAAUCAAAAUAUAUCAUUAAGAUUGUCCCGUCUAAUACUAGUGCUACUCUCAUGUCACAGUCGAUGGUUAUGUUAAUAAAGGUGUAUACCAAAA